AUGGCGGGAGCUUUGGUUGGUGGUGCUUUUCUUUCUGCUUUUCUUCAGGUGGCUUUCGAUAGGCUGGCUUCUCGGGAUGUUCUGGACUUCUUCAAAAAACCAAAAUUGAACCAGACAUUGCUCAAUAAGUUGAAGAUGGUGCUGUUAUCCAUCGACGCUGUGGUUGACGAUGCAGAGCAAAAGCAGAUCACCAAUCCGAAGGUGGAGGAGUGGAUUGAUUUGGUCAAAGAUGCCGUGUUCGAUGCUGAGGAUGUCCUGGAUGAGAUUGAUUAUGAAAUGUGCAAGCGCAAGCUGGAAGCUGAACAAGAGAGUCAAACCAGUGCUAUUGGCAAGGUACGAAACUUCUUUAGUACUCCCAUUAGUUCAUUUGAGAAGGAAAUUGAAUCCAAGAUGAAAAAUGUCCUUGAAAAUCUAGAAUAUCUUGCAUCUCAAAGGGACAUAUUAAGAUUGAAUGAACGUGAUAGUCGUGCUGGAUUGAGAACUGCUAUACCAGAUAGAUUGCCAACUACAUCUUUAGUGGAUGAAGCCGGAAUAUAUGGUAGAGAUGAUGACAAAGAAACCAUCAUUGAAUGGCUUAUGUCAGAAAAGUAUAACAACCAACUAUCUGUGAUUUCUAUAGUGGGUAUGGGUGGUCUGGGUAAAACUACUCUUGCCCAGCUUGUAUAUAAUGACAGAAGGCUGAUGGAUGGAUUCAACCUCAAAGUUUGGGUGUGUGUCUCUGAUGAGUUCGAUGUGUUGAGGGUAACAAGAACAGUUUAUGAGGCAAUCACUAGAUAUAAGUAUGAUACUAAUGAUUUAAAUAUGCUUCAAAUUAAAUUGAAACAACAACUAACUCAAAAGAGAUUUCUCCUUGUUUUAGACGACAUGUGGAAUGAAAAUUAUAUGCUAUGGGAGGCCUUGCAAUCACCAUUUAAUCAUGGGGCUUUGGGAAGCAAAAUUCUUCUAACCACUCGCAGUGGAAAAGUUGCUUCGACCAUGCGUUCUACUAAGAUACUUUCAUUGAAGCCCUUAUCGGAAGGAGAUAGUUGGUCAUUGUUUAGCAAAUAUGCCUUCCAUGAUGGAAAUAUUCUUUGUUCAAACUCUGACCUUGAAGAAAUUGGUGGAAAAAUAAGUAAAAAAUGCAAAGGACUGCCUUUAGCUUUAAAAGCCAUUGGGAGCCUCUUGUACACAGAAUCAUCUCAUGAGAGGUGGAAUGGCAUUUUGAAAAGUGAGAUUUGGGAGGAAAAAAGGAUAGCAAGAUUCUCCCUGCUUUGA